CUUAUUUAUUCUCAUUUCCCCACUGUUGGCAUGGCAACCCAGGCGUACGUUACGGAGCUACCGGCAGCCCCGCAAGCAUCCCAGCCACCGCAGGCCCCACCCCAGCCCCAGCCACCACCUCCACCCCCAGCGGCGCCCCAGCCCCCCCAGACACCCACCGCCUCGGCCACCCCCCAGCCCCAGUAUGUCACCGAGCUGCAAAGCCCCCAGCCCCAGGCACAGCCACCAGGCAGCCAGAAGCAGUACGUGACGGAGCUCCCGGCUGCCCCCACGCCCUCGCAGCAGGCUGGCGCGCCCACCCCGGCCCCCGCGUCCCAGCAGUACAUCGUGGUCACCGUCUCUGAGGGUGCCAUGCGAGCCAGUGAGACGGUGUCAGAAGCCAGCCCGGGCUCUACAGCCAGCCAGACCGGCGUCCCCACUCAGGUGGUUCAGCAGGUGCAGGGCACCCAGCAGCGCUUGCUGGUGCAGACCAGUGUGCAGGCCAAGCCGGGCCACGUGUCACCCCUCCAGCUCACCAAUAUCCAGGUGGCCCAGCAGGCUCUCCCCACACAGCGUCUGGUGGUGCAGAGCACAGCGCCAGGCAGCAAGGGUGGCCAGGUGUCCCUGACGGUCCACGGUACCCAGCAGGUGCACUCGCCUCCUGAGCGGUCGCCGGUGCAAGCCAAUAGCUCCGCCAGCAAGACGGCUGGGGCCCCCACGGGCACAGUGCCCCAGCAGCUGCAGGUUCAUGGUGUCCAGCAGAGCGUCUCCGUCACCCAAGAGAGGUCUGUGGUCCAGGCCACCCCGCAGGCACCCAAAGCGGGCCCCGUGCAACAGUUGACCGUGCAGGGACUUCAGCCAGUCCACGUGGCUCAAGAGAGCUCAGACAGUCAGUUUCCCGCUAGGAAGGCAGAGCAGCGAGAGCCCCGGCCCACGCCGCAGCCAGAGCCGCCACCCCGGCCGCCCACGCCCGGGCUCGGGCCAGGCGCGCUGGUCCCGGAGCCGCCGCCACUCCCAUCGGUGUGCAGCGGCGAGGCCCGGCAGCUAGGCAGCCCCGAGCCGCAGCUGACCCAUUACGAGCCAGGCGUCGAGCAGUGGGUGGAGCUGGUGGGCGUGCUGCCCCCGCACCUGCUCCUGCCGCAGCAGAAAGUGGUCCUCGAGCCCCUGCCCGGGCUCUCAGCCCGAGCCAGCCCCGACCAGAGGGUCAGGAUCCAGAGAAUCCCCCAGGUGCUAGUGUUCAGCACGGCCGCCACGGCCCUCAAAGUGCAGCAGCUCCAGCAGGUCCCGGUGCCACAUGUGUACUCCAGCCAGGUCCAGUACGUGGAGGGCGGCGACGCCAGCUACGCGGCCAGCGCCAUGACCGUGCCCCUCAGCCACCCAGCUCUCCCCGCCCUGGCCCUCACGCCCACCCCCUCUGCCUCUCCCAGCCGCUCCAGCACCUACGCCUACCCCGAGGCCCCGCUGUACACGCAGCCGGCGGGCACCAGCUACUACGAGGCCGCAGGCACGGCCACCCAGGUCAGCUCACCGGCCACCUCCCAGGCGGUGGCCAGCAGCGGCUCCGUGCCCAUGUACGUGUCCGGCAGCCAGGUGGUGGCCAGCUCCGCCAGCAGCGGGGGUGGGGCCAGCAACGGCAGCGGAGGUGGCGGAGGCAGCGGUGGGGGAGGCGGCGGCAGCGGGGCUGGCAGCGGUGGCAGCAGCAGCGGCGGCAGCAGCAGUGGCAGCAGCAGCGGCGGCGCAGGCACCUACGUGAUCCAAGGCGGCUACAUGCUGGGCAGCGCCAGCCAGUCCUACUCCCACACCACCCGUGCCUCGCCAGCAACGGUCCAGUGGCUCCUGGACAACUAUGAGACGGCGGAGGGCGUGAGCCUGCCCCGCAGCACCCUCUACUGCCACUACCUGCUGCACUGCCAGGAGCAGAAGCUGGAGCCCGUCAACGCCGCCUCCUUCGGCAAACUCAUCCGCUCCGUCUUCAUGGGGCUGCGCACGCGUCGGCUCGGCACCAGGGGCAACUCCAAGUACCACUACUACGGCCUGCGCAUCAAGGCCAGCUCGCCCCUGCUGCGGCUGAUGGAGGACCAGCAGCACAUGGCCAUGCGGGGCCAGCCCUUCUCCCAGAAGCAGAGGCUGAAGCCCAUCCAGAAGGUGGAGGGCGUGACCAACGGGGUGGCCGUGGGGCCGCAGCAGGCCGUGGGGCUGUCCGACAUCAGCGCCCAGGUGCAGCAGUACCAGCAGUUCCUGGAUGCCUCUCGGAGUCUCCCCGACUUCACUGAGCUUGACCUCCAGGGCAAAGUCCUGCCCGAGGGCGUCGGCCCGGGGGACAUCAAGGCCUUCCAAGUCCUGUACCGGGAGCACUGUGAGGCCAUCGUGGACGUCAUGGUGAACCUGCAGUUCACGCUGGUGGAGACGCUGUGGAAGACCUUCUGGAGACACAACCUCAGCCAGCCCAGCGAGGCCCCGGCACUGGCCGUGCACGAUGAGGCUGAGAAGCGGCUGCCCAAGGCCAGCCUGGUGCUCCUCUCCAAGUUCGAGCCUGUGCUGCAGUGGACCAAGCGCUGCGACCACGCGCUGUACCAGGGCCUGGUGGAGAUCCUCAUCCCUGACGUGCUGCGGCCCAUCCCCAGUGCCUUGACCCAAGCGAUCCGGAACUUUGCCAAGAGCCUGGAGAGCUGGCUCACCCACGCCAUGGUGAACAUCCCCGAGGAGAUGCUGCGGGUGAAGGUGGCCGCGGCCGGCGCCUUCGCGCAGACGCUGAGGCGCUACACUUCGCUCAACCACCUGGCGCAGGCGGCGCGCGCCGUGCUGCAGAACACGGCGCAGAUCAACCAGAUGCUGAGCGACCUCAACCGCGUGGACUUCGCCAAUGUCCAGGAGCAGGCCUCGUGGGUGUGCCGCUGCGAGGACCGCGUGGUGCAGCGUCUGGAGCAGGACUUCAAGGUGACGCUGCAGCAGCAGAACUCGCUGGAGCAAUGGGCGGCCUGGCUGGACGGCGUCGUGAGCCAGGUUCUCAAGCCCUACCAGGGCAGCGCCGGCUUCCCCAAGGCCGCCAAGCUCUUCCUCCUCAAGUGGUCCUUCUACAGCUCCAUGGUGAUCCGGGACCUGACCCUGCGCAGCGCCGCCAGCUUCGGCUCCUUCCACCUCAUCCGGCUGCUCUACGAUGAGUACAUGUACUACCUGAUCGAGCACCGCGUGGCCCAGGCCAAGGGCGAGACCCCGAUCGCGGUCAUGGGCGAGUUCGCCAACCUGGCCACUUCGCUGAACCCUCUGGACCCGGACAAAGACGAAGAGGAGGAGGAGGAGGAGGAGAGCGAGGAUGAGCUGCCACAGGACAUCUCGCUGGCGGCUGGCGGCGAGUCGCCUGCGCUGGGCCCCGAGGCCCUGGAGCCGCCGGCCAAGCUGGCGCGGACCGACACGCGCGGCCUCUUCGUGCAGGCGCUGCCCUCCAGCUAAGCCCGCAGCCCCGCCCCGCCCGCCCCUCCGUUCCUCCACGCCAGGGUCCCUCACGGCUUCUGUGGCUUCGCUGUCACCCCUCCAGGCCCCGACCAGGGCAGGAGGGGGCCUCCGAGACAGGGAAGGAGAGGGGGCCCCGCCCCCCCAUGGGGCCGGCACAAUCACAGGGCUGGGCGGAGCCGCAGCUGCAAACUCUGACACAAAAGACGUGCCUUAAGGAACCCGCCGCGGUGCCCAGGUGCCCCACAGGGCAACCAGCUCGGCCCCUGCCUCCCACCCCGCCAACAAGGUCGCAGCAUCUCCCCCACAGGCCCGCCGCCCAGGGGGCAGGCAGGCAGGCCCCCUCUCCUACGGAACUGUUAACUUAUUCUGCUCGCUGGCUUUGCACAGCCUGUCCUGGGCCCAGCUGAGCCCCAGGCAGGCGCAGGUGGGUGGCACCUGGGGACCCCCACUGUCAGCAGCAGCCCCGGGACAACCCCCCACCCCCAGCAACCCCACUGCUUCCCCUUUCUUGGUAUAAGUGCAAUUAAAGUUGUGGGUGUUGCA